ACAUCGGAAAAACCUAGACUCUGAAAAAAUGAGUGGUCGCGGCAAGGGAGGAAAAGGACUCGGCAAAGGAGGCGCUAAGCGUCACCGUAAAGUUCUCCGUGAUAACAUCCAGGGAAUCACCAAACCCGCCAUCCGCCGCCUGGCCCGCCGUGGUGGAGUGAAGCGUAUCUCCGGUCUGAUCUAUGAGGAGACCCGCGGUGUGUUGAAGGUGUUCCUCGAGAACGUGAUCCGUGAUGCCGUCACCUACACCGAGCACGCCAAGAGGAAGACUGUGACCGCCAUGGAUGUGGUGUAUGCUCUGAAGAGGCAGGGCCGCACUCUGUACGGCUUCGGAGGUUAAAUCACUGUCUCACCUCACACAACGGCUCUUUUAAGAGCCACCCACAUCACCUCAAGAGCUCCUUUCUGUUAAUAUUUUUGUAUAUUUCCAUUUGACGUGGUUUCCCCUGAGUCCUUUGUAUUGAUUAAGGGAUAUGGGGUGCCGUUUGUAAAGUGUCUCACGCUGAAAAUAACAUCAACAUUUUGCCACAUUU